CGCACGAUCGCCGCUGCCAUGGACCAGCGCCGCAAAUCCAACUACGAGUCCUUCCUCGAGAUCAUGAACCGGUUCCCGUCGCCGCCAACGUCCGAGCCUCCUCCUCUGGCCGGCCACCGGACCCGAUUCUCUCUUCCGAUCCAGUCCGCCCGCGCGCUCCCUCGAUUCAAUCCGCGGAGGAGCUUGCAGGCCCUCAUCCAGCCCAGUGCCAGCGAAGCAGCCGGCCCCUCGUCGCCAUCGGGCGAGCGUCCAAAACGAACAGGAAUCCGACUGGCCCUGGUAACUUCGAGACUCUCGCCGAGAAGAUCGUUGCCUUCACUGCUCGGGCCGCUGUCCGAGAACACACCGACGGAUUCUUUCGCGAGAGACAAGCUGGAUCUCGGCAGGAGAUACUGCACCGAAUCGCUCGCAACCGAGGAGUUGGACACUCUAUGGGGCUAUUUGUUUUCUCUCUCUGGGCCUGAACUUGUCAGGUUCCAGCAACUGGUUCAGGCAGAAGUUGCAGGGACACCGCGAUGGCAAUCGGAGCAGUCCGGCCUGAUCGAGUGCAACAGAUACCGGAUCGACUUUCGCCUGCCGCAGAAAACAGUUGCAACUGGCAUCUUGCUGAUUGACUCGGUCGAGAUUGCUCUCAAGGGCGGAGGACAGUGUCGCUACGAGCUUGUGAGUCCACCAAGUAACCCAGACUAUCUGCUCAACGUCUCUCCGACAUCGGGAAAGCUCAAGGCUUUGAAAGGGUCCGAGCUCAUCACCUUCAAGGUGCUCUGCCAUGCUCCUUGCAAGGUGCGCCAAGUCGUCACACUGCGUGUUGAAGGUGGUCCAAGCCAUUGGUUUCUCGUUGGUCUGGAAGCCGAAGGCGAGACCCGGCCCCCAUCGGCACUACCCGAGGAGACUUCUGGGCUGAUCAACGAGCCGCGGCAGCUGUCGCUGAGCUUUGAUGUGUUCCGAGAUCCCUCGCGGCUGGUCCGCAGCUGUGUCUUUGUCGGUCAUCCGCAUGAGAUUCCUGGGGAGCUCGCUGUCCUGAGCAAGACGCUCACACGAGAGCCGUCAUAUCUGAGAGCCGAGGGACUAUUCUACGACAAUGGCGACGUGACUGAGGUGCGGCGGCUCCUGGAAGGCAAGGGGACAUACAGAAGCCACGACUGCUUUGCAACGGCGACGGCCAUCAAGCGAAUGCUUCAAGUCCAUCCGCUUCUGCAGCCCCUGGCGUCGGAAGUCGUAGCGGGGUGCCAGGGCGAAGGAGACGUCAUGUCGGUUCUGUCACUUCUGCCGCCAAGGUACCAGGACUGGCUCCUGUGGGUGGUUGAUUUGAUGAUCGCAGUUGGCGAUGCCCGGGCCGGGCAGUCAGGAAUCUCCUCGGUCGCAGCAUACAAGGGCGUCGCCGCUGCGAUGAUUCCGAGCCUGUGCAAGCCGGGUGGGCCUCCGCGGCAAGACACUCAACAUAUCGCUGUCGUCCAGAGGGCGGCCGAGUUUCUGUACCUGGCGAUGAUUGUGCGGGCCCGGCAGACAGAGCCCCGACGGCUGUGUCUGGAUGCGUAGAUAUUAGCGAUGAUGCGGGUGUUGUUACCAGCAUCUGCAAAUGCGCCGCCAGCACUAUGGCAUCCAACACGACCUUGAUGUCUACAUCGCUGCUGCCCGUCCACCAACACCUUCGCCAACACCUUCGCCAACUCCUUCGCCGAUCACACGACACCGCGCUCGAUCCAACGCCCCUUUGUUGG